AUGUCUGGGCAGCUCGAGAUCACGAACCCCGACACCAUCGCUCCACCAAAGUCGACGUAUUCUCAUGUGUCAAGCUUCUCAGUGACUAGCCCUUGCCGCAUUAUAUCCAUCGCGGGCCAAGCUGGUAUCGACAAGAGCUAUGAGCUCGUGGCUUUGGAUCUUGACGCUCAAGUCAAAGCAGCAUUGGAGAAUUUACGAGCAUGUCUAGAAUCGGUCGGCGCGGGACCAAAGGAUGUCAUUCGAGUCACGCAUUAUAUUGUCGGUUAUGAUGAAAAAGACCGGGCGUGGUCAAGGCACUUUGUGGAUUUCUUUCUGGGAAACCCGCCUCCGGCAACGCUUGUGCCAGUGUCUAGACUAGCCUGGCCGGGCUGGCUCUAUGAGAUAGAGGCACAAGCAGUUGUGUAUGGUUAA